UGUGGAGCGCGCAGGGAAUUAAUCCCCAGCGUCUUUCGCUGGCGCCCAGAAGCCGCUUGAACACUUUUACUUUCUUAAGCUGUAAUAUCAGUUAGGAUACCUCUGUCCACACUUUACAGAGGGGGAAACUGAUACAUUCUAUGACUUUCCCUGGAGCACACAUCAUUCACACAGCCUCACACCUUUAAUCCCAGCACUUUGGAAGGCCGGGGUGGGUGGAUCACUUGAUGUCAGGAGUUCAAGACCAGCCUGGGCAACAUGGUGAAAUACCGUCUCUACUAAAAAUACAAAAAUUAGCCAGGUGUGGUGGGUUCCUGUAACCCCAGCUACUUGGGUGGCUGAGGCAAGAGAAUCGCUUGAACCAGGGAGGCAGAGGUUGCAGUAAGUCGAGAUUGUGCCACUGCACUCCAGCCUGGGGGACAGGGUGCAGAGUGAGACUUUGUCUCAAAAUAAGUUUCUCACAUUUAAUUAUUGCAAAGAGAAACAGGGAACCUCUCAGUGAGGAAAUCUGGCUUGUCUCCCUUAACCAUAUAGUCAGUUAAUUUGAUCAAUAAUGAGAUAAACUGAUAUCUUGUGCCUCUUUUAAUAGACUGAGGACACAGCAUCACUUCUAUGAUGUUUCUGCCAAAAAUACCUAACUGAAUCUAAUCAUGAAGAAAUGACAUAAGUCCAGACGGAGGGACAGUCUAGAAGAGAGCUGGACUGUACUCUUCAAAAAUGUCAAGGCCAUGAAAGAAAAAUUAUUUCCAAAUAAACUUUAUCUGUAGAGACAAAGUAGAAUGACCAUUGCCAGAAGCUCGAGGGGUGGACAGAGAAUGGGGAGCUAGUGUUUAAUGGGUACAGAGCUUCAGUUCGGGAAGAUGAAAAAAGUUCUGGAGAUGGAUGAUGGUACUGAUUGCACAACUAUAUGUGUGUGCUUAAUGCCACGGAAACUGUACACUUAAAAAUGAUUAACAUAGUCCAGCGCAGUCCAGCUGACAAGGAUGGAAUACGCCAUGAAGUCCCUUAGCCUUCUCUACCCCAAGUCCCUCUCCAGGCAUGUGUCAGUGCGUACCUCUGUGGUGACCCAGCAGCUGCUGUCGGAGCCCAGCCCCAAGGCCCCCAGGGCCCGGCCCUGCCGCGUAAGCACUGUGGAUCGAAGCGUGAGGAAGGGCAUCAUGGCUUACAGUCUUGAGGACCUCCUCCUCAAGACUAUGAACCCUGAAGCCAGGAGCCAAGAGGUCCGGGACACUCUGAUGCUGGCAGACAAGCCGUUCUUCCUGGUGCUGGAGGAAGAUGGCACAACUGUAGAGACAGAAGAGUACUUUCAAGCCCUGGCAGGGGAUACAGUGUUCAUGGUCCUCCAGAAGGGGCAGAAAUGGCAGCCCCCAUCAGAACAGGGGAUGAGGCACCCACUGUCCCUCUCCCAUAAGCCUGCCAAGAAGAUUGAUGUGGCCCGUGUAACGUUUGACCUGUACAAGCUGAACCCACAGGACUUCAUUGGCUGCCUGAACGUGAAGGCGACUUUUUAUGAUACGUACUCCCUUUCCUACGAUCUGCACUGCUGUGGGGCCAAACGCAUCAUGAAGGAAGCUUUCCGCUGGGCCCUCUUCAGCAUGCAGGCCACGGGCCACGUACUGCUUGGCACCUCCUGUUACCUGCAGCAGCUCCUCAAUGCUACGGAGGAAGGGCAGCCCCCCAAGGGCAAGGCCUCAUCCCUCAUCCCGACCUGUCUGAAGAUACUGCAGUGAAAGCCCAAGUCCUUGGAAGCUUUCCCCAGUGAAGGACUAGACUGGGGGCCCCACGCUCAACUGGUAGUGCCCACAAGCCUGGCAGCUGUAGAGCCGCGAACCUCCCCACACCUCCCUCACCGCGCAGGACCCUGAGCGAGGAGGAGGGGCUGGAAACCUGGGGUGGGUUGGCCAAAGGAGAACCUCAAGCUCCUGGCCUGAUCCAGCUCCUUCCUGCCCAAGGCAGCUGAGCCCAUCCAGACUGGUCCUGAAGUGUGCCCCUCCAUUGGCAUGAAGUCUGCCCCUUAGCAAUCCGGCUUCGCAGGCUGUACUUUCAUGGUGCUCUCUACCUUCUGGCCCCCAU